GCGGAGGCUGUGUGGAGCUGACGGUAUCUGUGCUCAGAUCUGCCGGGGGUUGAGCGCGUAAGCGUCUCUCUGCGGGGCUUCGACUUGUGAAUGAGUGUGUGCGUGUGACCGCACGGCCCCGAAUCCAAACAGCAGCAACCUGCUCAGAUCAAAACACAGGCAGAGCAGCGACGGACCGCAGAGACAGCCUCCAGAAAGACAUCUGCAAGAUUUCUUAAUAAUUAAUCCGCCCUCAUUUCAGAAGAACAAAGUCAUCAAAUUUGUGUUUAUAGUAAAUCUAUCAAACCAUGGCUUGCCCGGAAACGCAUCCCUUUCCAAAACAAGCAUCGAAUUGUGAUACCACAUCUCAGCUUCAGCUGAAGAGAGGCAUGUCGAUUUUCCUGGACAUCUUACGAAGAGCUGACAAGAAUGAUGAUGGCAAGCUGUCCUUUGAUGAAUUCAAGGCUUAUUUUACAGAUGGAGUCCUGAACACAGAGGAGAUGCAUGAAUUGUUUCGUACCAUUGAUAGCAAUCACACUGACAACCUCAAUAUUGAAGAAAUAUGUGAGUUCUUUUCUCAACAUUUAGGAGAAUAUGAAAAUGUCUUGGCAGCUCUAGAAAAUUUGAAUAUUUCUAUAUUAAAAGCAAUGGACAAAACAAAGAAAGAUUACCAGAAUUCAAGUAAUUUGGAACAGUUUGUGACUCGCCUUCUGCUGAAAGAAACUGUCAACCAGUUUCAGUCUUUGCAAAAUUCCUUGGAAUGUGCCAUGGAAACCACAGAGGAGCAAACUCGCCAGGAAAGACAAGGUCCAGUAAAACCAGAGGUACUUUCAAUUAACUGGUCAGGGAAACGAUCCAUUCGAAGACUUCAGAGAAAUAAUAGCCUGUCUCCAAACAAUACCAAUUUCAGCAUCUUAAACUCAGAUGAGGAUAUCCAGUGGGUGACCCAAAUAAAUAGGCUUCAGAAGCUAAUUGACCGCCUGGAAAAGAAGGACUUAAAGCUGGAACCAUUGGAGGAAGAAGUAUUGGAGGGAAAUGCUAAGUCUCACAUUCUUAUUGUUCAGCGACAGAUGUCUAUACUGGAAGAGGAGCUUGAGGAAUUCCGUUUAGCUUUGAGACAGUAUGUGGUAUCUGCAACCACACAAACAGGAUGUUUGCAUAUUUCUGUGCAGAAACUAUCAAACGAAUCCCGUUUUAUACUUUAUGAAUUCUGGGAAAACACCAAUCUGUGGAAAAUGCACAUCCAGACCAAUUAUAGCAAGACCUUCCAGAGGAGUAAUGUGGAUCUCUUGGAUACUCCAGAGCUAAUAACAACAAUGCUUGUACCUGCUUCAUGGUGGAUUCUGAAUAAUAACUGAAGUUGGUCUCCACUGUAGGAGAAAAUUUGUGUUGUAUGAAUUUUUAUGUAAAAUAUCUAUAAUAGCUUAAUGUAUUACAGUAUUAAGAUUAAAAUCCAAACACGUGAAAAAUGUUACCUAUAGCUUACGUGAUAAAUAAUGAAUACAUGACCAAGUAAUGUGCCCUAGUUGAUGACUGAUCAACUUACAGGCAAGUGUACAAUUCAUAAUCACCUUGUAUGUAUUAGUGUCAUAUAUUCUGAAAAAGUGAUUUAUUUUCUGUAGUGUAGUAAUUCAGUUAUGUAUUUUCUUACCAUGAAUUUUAAGAUGAGUAUACGUUUAAGGAAAUUAGAAAAUGGGAAAUGUGUUCCUUGUUAUUCAGUCUCGAGGAAGUAGGUCCAAUAAUUCUCUUUUAUGUUACACAAGUUCUCUGAGUUAGAUGAAACCUGCCAACAAGAAUUUAGUAAUUUUUAUGUAAUUUCACCUUUCUUAACUUUGGUUGUUGUUAGACAUCAGUUCCAGUUUAUCAUCAGUAUCCAUCAUUGGUAUCAUCAAGCAAGCUGAACAGCCAAUGACAUUGAAGAUUUCCUACAGGGAGCAAUUUGUACAUUUUAUAGAGUAUGAAAUAAUGACUGGAGUAUAAACAAGAUUAAGGUAGAAGUGAAAUGUCAUGAAAAAUGAAGGUACUGAAUUAUGAAACAUUCCUCUGAUGGAAUAACUAUCCAAACAUUUACUAGGGCUGGAGAGAUUGUUAAGCAACAAUUAUAGCAUAGUAUAGUAUACUAUUAAAUACUCAAUCAAAAAAAUGUAAUCUCUUCAGGGUUAUUUUAAUUGAGAAUAACUCAAAUACCUUUAUUUUUUAAAUUUUAAAUUUUUAAAAAAAUUUUACUUAUAGCGUGGUAACAGGCCCUUCCGACCCAACGAGUCCGCGCUGCCCAUUUUAAACCCCAAAUUAACCUACCCGUACUUCUUGCAAACUCCUGGCUAAGAUCCUUCUAAGUACAAAAGUUCAGCAGUGUAUUAUUGUGAAAAAUUAAUAGACGUGACUUAGGCUGAGGUAAUGCAUCUGUUAAUCCAAGCCAAAUAAGAUAAAAUUGUCAGUGUGUUUCUUCUGAUCUACACAUAACUUCUGUAGAAUUUUUCUUGAGGCACUGAAGAAAUGGAGUAAAAAGGAAAAAAAAUCUGGCAGCUAACUCGGUAAUCGGUGAGAAUAUGAAUGGAGGUUGCUUGCAAUCAUUUACUUUUGCUGACCCUGAUGGUCAUUUUACUAUUAUCCCAAUUUAAAAUGGCUUCUGCUAUGGAUUGUAUGGUAUAAGUGAUGAAUUAUAUUGUUGCC